AGGGCGGAAACGCGGCGCGGUGAGCGCUGGGUAAAUUCACCGACAUACAGGAAGAAAGAGACGAGGCUCGGUGCACACUCCCACAGCAGCGACAACAGAAAGGACCGAAUCACUGCUUGACCAGUUUAGCAGGUAUGGCAGAGUUGGCGAAUCUGGUGCAGCGGCUGGAGGUGGCGGUGGGUCGUCUGGAGGCGAUGUCGGGCCCCGGGGGCAGCGCUGGAGGUUCAGAUGGAGGAGCUGGAUCUGUGUUUGUGGAGGGCUUUGAUGAGAUCGUAAAGGGACCUCUGGCAGAGUACCUCUCCCUCAGCCAGCAGAUAGGGGGCGAUGUCCAGAAACAUGCAGAAAUGAUGAAGCAGGCGUUUGCCACUGAGAGACAGCUCCUCGUCAAAGCUGGCACCUCCCAGAAGCCCUCUGAUGCAGUUUUGACGACUCUCCUGCAGCCCGUGUCCAAAUCCAUCCAGCAGGUGCAGGCGUUUCGCGAGCAGAACCGCAGCUCGCCGUUGUUCAACCACCUCUCUGCCGUCAGCGAGAGCGUGCCUGCUCUUGGAUGGAUCGCCAUGGCUCCCAAACCAGGCCCGUACGUUAAAGAGAUGCAGGAUGCUGCCAUGUUCUACACCAACCGUGUGCUCAAGGACUACAAGGACAAGGACAAGACACACGUGGACUGGGUGAAAGCCUACAUCUCCAUCUGGACUACGUUGCAGCAGUACAUCAAAGACCACCACACCACCGGGCUGACCUGGAGCAAGACGGGUCCGGUAGCUUCAGCCGGUGCCGCUCCACCCAGCGUUUCUGCUGGUGGCCCUCCCCCACCUCCCCCUGGACCACCACCUCCCCCCGCGGACCUGAGCGGACCCGCUGACAGUGGCGACACCGGUGGCACUAAUCGGAACGCCCUGUUCGCCUCCAUCAACAAGGGGGCCGACAUCACCAAGGGCCUGAAGCAUGUGUCCGACAACCAGAAGACCCACAAGAAUCCUAACCUGAGGACUCAGGGUGCUCCGGUGCGCAGCGGACCAAAACCCUUCGCUUCAAGCACCGCCAAACCUGCUGCAUCCGCCAACCCAGCCCGCACACUCCCCCCUGUGCUGGAGCUGGAAGGAAAGAAGUGGAAAGUGGAGAACCAGGAGGACGCUCAGAACCUGGUGAUCAGUGACACUGAGCUGAAGCAAGUGGUCUAUGCUUUCAAGUGUAACAAGAGCACCCUGCAGGUCAAGGGCAAAAUCAACUCCAUCACUUUAGACAACUGUAAGAAAAUGGGCCUGGUGUUUGAUGACGUCGUGGGCAUCGUGGAGAUCAUUAACUGCAAGGACAUCAAGAUCCAGGUCAUGGGGAAGGUCCCAACCAUUUCCAUCAACAAGACAGAUGGCUGCCACAUUUAUCUGAGCCAGGACUCUCUGAAGUGUGAGAUCGUCAGUGCCAAGAGCUCAGAGAUGAACAUUCUGGUUCCCAACAAAGAUGGAGAGUUUACGGAGCUCCCUGUACCCGAGCAGUUCAAGACCGUAUGGGACGGCAGUAAGCUCGUCACCACAGCAACAGAGAUCGCCGGAUAAACGGGGGCAGCGUAUUAAAACGGCCGCCCCUCCUCGACGCCAUCCCCAACCUUUCAAAUUUUUUUUUUUUUUUUUUUUUUUUUUUUUGCAGACUCCUGUCUGAUUGAUCGACAACCCCUCCACAGCUCAUUCUCACACUGUAGACUGAGAUUCAGACCUCAUGAAUUAUCUCUUCACAUUCUUAUCAGCCAAUCACAGCUUAAGCUGUUCCUUCUGUAAGCCAAUGAGAAGACUGCUCCCCUUAUCUGGAGCAGAUCCUCCAGCCAAUCAGCAGGGAGCAGCUUGUCAUUUAAACUGGGGUUUCCCUGCAAGCACCUUUUGAAAGCAUUCAUGAGUUUUGCCAACAGCUGGGAAGCUCUGUAUGUGUUUUAUUUUUUAUUUAUCUGGAUGAUGCUGAGCUAAAUUUGGAAUAGCCAAUGGGGAUGUUGAUUCCUCUGCAGCCAAUCAGGCUCAUCUCUUUCCCUUCUUCCUGGUCAGCUGGGGGGCUGGCGUGUUUUAAAGUUGUGGCCUCAUAGGUUUCUGUUCCAUUAUAUGCAAUUCACUGGUGAUGCAUUUGUCCACAAAAAAGCCCUUUUUAAAGAGGAUGAAGGCAUCUAUAGCUCCUCUGAUGACUACAACCCUAAGACUCAUAGUGGAUAAUGUAAUUUUUAAAAAAAAGUCAGCACUCUUGAGCACAUAAAUAGGAGUAAAAAAGAAGCUGUGCAGAACCACCGUCUCAUUUUAAAGCAGAAAACCAUCUAGAUGACAUCGGAACAGUUUAAAAUUAUUUUCCCUUAAAUCCUCACAUUCCUGAAUUAGAGAGAGAACAUUCCACGAGAGGAGGCGUGUAAGAAAAGUUUACGAUAAAGAGCAACGAGAUGCUUGAACUCGAAGUGAAUUAAAAAAAAGACUGAUGGAUAUGAUCAUUGAAUGAUUGGAAAUGUCUGCUGUAAUCACCUGUACAGACGCAGUCUUUAAAUAUUAGCCCGACCAUCAGCGCAUCGCUCCUUCUCAUGUCUGCACUCAGUUUAUCUGCAGCUCCUGUAGCUGCGGAGCUCUUUGCUGAAUUUUCUUUUAUAAUGUCUCUUUAUUUUUGUUUUGUUUACCUCUUUCAUUUUUGCGGGGUCCAAACUCAGAAAUCUGCUCAUUAGUACUGGAGACAUCAUUAAAAAUGUUGCAGUAAAUGAA